AUGAUUUCACUCCCGACUUUCCGUUAUUGGUUGUUAUUUAUCUCUCUCUCGCUCUCCCUCUCUUUCACUAUUCGUUCUUUUACUUUCCUUUUUUUUUCCACUAUACUUCUUUUGUUUUUCACCCUCCCUCUCUUUCACUGUGCCUCCGUUCUUUCGCUUUUCCUUUCUUUCCCUAUGCCUCCUCCGUUCUUUCGCGUUUCCUCUCUUUCCCUAUACCUCUUUCGUUCUUUCGCUCACCGUCUCUUUCACUGUGUCUCCUUCGUUCUUAUGCUCUUCCUCUCUUUCACUAUGCCUCACUCGUUCUUCACUCUCCCUCUCUUUUAUAGUGCUUCUUUCUUUCUUUCUUUCUUUCUUUCUUUCUUUCUUUCUUUCUUUCUUUCUUUCGCUCUCCCUCACUUUCACUAUACCUCCUUCGUUCAUUCAAUCUCCUUUUCUUCCACAGUACCACCGUCUUUCUUUCACUCUCCCUCUCUUUCACAGUUCUUUUGA